CAAUAAUGGCGUCUGAUGCAGUACUUUGAUUUGAAGGACAACGUUUGUGCGACUAAAAUUGAAUGACUUAGUCACUGUUUUGGAAAAAUGAAUCUUCAGAUUCUCUACCCUUUGAACCGAUUUUUUACCAAAAAUUGGGUGUUCAACUGUACCCGAUUGCCCACAAGACUGCCUCACAGCCAAUCAAGUUACAUAAAUACUCGUCAUGUCGGCAGCCAUCUUUCGUUAGGAAGAGUCAGUCUUGAUCAGAGAUGUGUCAAGUGCAAUUCACGAAGGUUUUUUGGUAGUUUGGUUAGGUCCUCGCAGGUAAGAAAAUAAAGAGGGAAUAGAAAAUUUAAUAUUUGCAGCUGGCUAAUUUGACGUUCCAUAUAUUGGUCCAAGCCUUGAUCACGAGUUUAAUUUAAUGUAAGCUUAAUAAGUUUUAGAAAUGUUUAGAUUAUGAAUUUUCUUCCAUAUCAAUGUUCUAAAUGUUUGAGAGAAAAAUUGAAUUAAUGUUUUCCUUUUAUGCAGGGCGAAUUUUCAACAAAGUACGUUCAUUCUCCCUCCAUUUAUAAAAUUUUUCUCCUCCUGAAAAAAGACAAUGUGAGGCAGGGUAAGCAAGUUGUAAUUCGUUGUUGUUGAUUUGAAUUUAAAUGGACAUACAUUAAGCAUGGGUAUACAGAGCUUAGUGUGUUGUUCUGCUCUAUAGCAGACAGUGAUAGGCAGCAUGUGGAACAUGGUUCACCAAAGAACCCCUUGCAAAAUAAUAUCCUCUCACUGUCAGCAAUCAAAAAGGAAGACAAGUGAAGCUUAUCGUUGUGGGACACUUGCAAAUUAAUGUUAUUCAUCUAAGAAAACAAUUCUCUCAGCAAUUGCUCUUUGCUGCUUCAAAACCUGUUUUAAGAAUUUUAAUGUUUGGUAUUUGAGACAUUGUUUUGUUAUAAACUGUGUAAAAUUAUGUAUUCAAGGUGUAACAAGAUUCUUUUCAACAAGCCUUAUGAGAAAACAUGGCCAAGGAGAUCAACAUCAACAAGGUAAUAGGGUUGAUGACAUUAUAUUUGCAUGUUCACCUGACAUGCUCAAUCACACUGCUGAGAUUACCAUCAGCUCACCCUUGAAGAAAUGAACUGAACCUUCAUCUGUACACCCUAGUGUAUUUUACAUGCAUGUAUAUGUUUUCUGCCAGGUUUGGUUUUUAGUCCAUGUAGAUGCAAUAGGGGCAUGCCUACAUAACAUCUGCAAUACCCUGUCAGCUAUAUAUUUUUUAAAUUUUACACUCAUUAUUUAUUGUUAGUUAAUUAAAGUGGUGAAAAGAAAUACAAGUAACACUUUAACUCCCAAAUCAAAUUUGUAAUUCUCCUUACUGUCAACUAUACAAUUCUUAUAAUGUUAGUUCAGAGAAUUUAGUAUUGGAUCAACUAACUAUCCCUAAAUUGAUAUUUUUCUUUAUUCUCAUCACUUAUCUGGUUGAUAUUGUAUUGAUAUUGUAAGGAGAAAUUCUGUCUUGGUCACCCAUGGGAGUUAAAGGGUUAAAUUGUGAUUGUUUGUCCCAGAACGAGGUCAGUCAGGUGUCAAUCUUAUUAUUGUGAUUGCAUACUGCCUGUACUCUCCAAGUGAUAAGUUUGACUGGCAAUGCCUCACUUUUAAAUGAAGUAUCACCAGUAAUUAUAUGAUAUUUUAUUGAAAUAAAGCAGCAUAUAAUGACAUAAUCUUGGCUGUUAUUUACAAUCAUAAUGAUCUAAUAACAAUAGACUUAAAGCUCUGAAAUCACAUGCGAAGUCUAAAUUAAGAAUCCUCUAAACUUCCCAACCUUUAGGGUUAGUUGGUGUACGUAAUGUUGAAGCAAAGUUUUGUGCAUGCCCCUGUUCUUAAGGAAAGUUUAUUCUUGAGUCUAGUCUUAUUCGUUUUCCUAUGUGGCAAUUUUCAGCUAAGUGAACUUCUUGUAACACACUCAGCAUCAUAAAAAUUUUUAAUUGAUUCUUCUGUUGCCAUUGCAGGUGAUUCUCAAAAUCCUGAGGAGGAGCCUGGGAAAGAUGGAGGAUGGGUAACCAUCCUUCCUUGGGUUAUGCUUGCAGUAUUUUACCUCCUUGCUGCAGGAUCUGAUCCUACACCAGAAACAACAUGGACAACAUUUUACAGAGAAAUGCUUUCUACAGGCGAGGUGAGUUCAAUUCAUCUAUUGCCAAGUGUUGUCUGCUACCUUAUUUGUCUCUCACUAAGUUUUAGGCCUUUACUUGAAAAACCUUGGUUGGUAAUCCCACAAUCAGCAUUGCAAACAACCUUUUAGAUUUUAUAAUUAUAUGAAGUCAUAUGAUUAUAGAGUAUGCUAUAUAAUUUGUAAACAUAGAGAUUUGAAUAAAUAUCUAAGUAUUUAUGUAACUGUAGAAUCAUUCACUAGGUUUUGUCUUUUAAGUAAUACAAUAAAAAACUGAGAUAAAAAGUAAACAGGUUUGAAGCAACUUUAACUAAGUAAACAUGUAAACCAUUGUAAACAUACAUAGCCUUACAUUUGUAACGUAAUUGAAAAUGACGGGGCAUGUUACCACUUUUGAUUAUUUUUAGGUGUGCGAUUGGGAACAUACAUGGCUGUACACAUGCUAGAGAUGUGACAUGGUUUGAUGCUAGUCUGUUUUAAAGAUUUUAUGAAUGCAACCAAGAAGUUACAAUUCGUAGACCAAAUGUUUGGACACUCCUGUCUAGUGCCUUUAUCAGGGGUGAUCUAAUUGCUGCAACAAGACGUCCUUUUGUAUUCUUGUUGCCAUGAUUAGAUCACCCCUAAUGAAGGCAGUAGAUAGGAGUGUCCAAAUGUUGGGUCUUUGAAUUGUAACUUCUCGGUUACAUUCAUUAAAUCUUUAAACCAGAGUAGCAUCAAACCAUGUGUGAUUGUCCACCUGGUUGCCUUGUGAACUUUUAUAUAUCUUACCAGAGAUGUGUUUUAUCUGUGAUGGUUUGUUACGUAAGUUUUCUUUGUUUCCAGGUUGAGCGCUUAGAAGUACCUUCAAGUCAAGACAAAGUUUAUGUCUUCUUGCACAGAGGUGCAGUAGUAGGAGGAAAGGAGGUAUUGUAUACUGUUUUAUACUGAUUUUUGAGUUAGAAUAAGGACCUGACCUGUGCAGUAGUAGAAUACUGCAGACUUGAACUCACCUGGGAUGUGCAGUAAUAGUAUAGCUUUAUUUACAUAUCUUACAGUACCAGAAGGCAUUUAGAGAUUAAGACACAAGAGGAAAUUCAGCUGGAUUAGAUAUCUGCAAGAGAUUACUUGGUGUGCUCUGCUCUCAAAAGAAGUUGCUUAAAUUCAUAAUAUUAAUUGCUGUUAUUCUGGCAUAAAGGCAAAAUAUUAACUGCAUUGCAUCUCAAUUCACACUAUGCAUAUUGUUUCUACAGCUUUUUCCCACCAGGUCUGGCAGUUACAUAUACAUGCCUUGCAGUGUGUUGUAGCCUUGAGGCUGUUACCUAUUUUGUCUCAUUGAAGCCCUUACCUGUUUUGUCCUAUUUUGUCCUAUUUUGUCCUAGUUGCUCUGUUAAUUCAACCUGCCUUAUGCAGCUCUAUUUAACUGUCCUUCUCCAAGCUGUCUUUCAUCUCUCCUUCCCUGGCUUUCAAACCUUGAACCUAUUUCUGUUACUGGCACCUUUUUUCUUAUUCCCUUGAGCAUGCGAUCAGAGAGUCUUUGCCACUCACCUCAAAUAAAUUGCUCAAAACAUCCUCCACUGCAAUCCUCCAGUCCAGUAGCAUAAAAAAAAUUCAACCUUUACUUCUGUUGGCAUAUUUAUUUAUCAUUAACUAUCCCUCAAAUUAUUCUUCAAAUUGCUGGUUUGAAUAAUGAGCAAUGCAUGCUUUUCCUAGGUACUGACUCAUGGGCCACAUUUUGUGUUCAGCAUUGCAAGUUUGGACAGCUUUGAAAAAAAGAUGGCUUCUGCUCAAGCCGAUCUACAUAUAGCAUCUCAUGACUUUGUUCCUGUAAGAUACAGGACAACAAAUGAACUGCUGUAAGGAAGGUUUUUUUUAAGUUUUCACUCAUUUCCUGGCAUAUAUUUUUUCUUCAAAAAUCACUCAAAACCAGUAAGGUUGUUAAGCAGUUAUGGUCUCUUUCUACAGACCAUUAAUGAGAAAUUCCAAAUUUUCAGACCUGUGACUGAACUCAACAAUUACAACCUUGACUUACAUUUAAGAAUUCUUGGAUUUUUUAAGAGAUAUUUCAGUAUUCCAAUUUUAAUCUUUGUUCAAUUUAAGGGGCAUUGAGAAGCUUUAUAAAUAUGAAUAGUUCAAAUCCCAAAUUAACUUACCAAAGGCAUGAGAAUGUUCCAUGGUUUUUCUUUUUUUGCUCGUCUUUUUGUUUUUGUUUUUAUUAUUAUUAUUAUUUUUUUUUUUUUUUUUGGGGGGGGGUUGAUGAGCCAGGAUAAAAUUUUUUCAGGUGUUGAAGAAACUAGUCCAAAGAAGUCUUGGAUAUUUGAGUAUGCAGACAGUAUUUGACUCUAAAUUAUGGAUGUUUCUUCUUACAGAUUCACAGCCCUGAGUGCUGCUCUAAGUAUUGCUGUUUUAGGGUUAGUAUGGUAUUGGCUCUUUGGAAGAGGAACAAAAGGAGGAAACAAAUCAGGAGGAAUAAUGGGAAUGAAUCCAUUUGUAAGUCACUAAAUCAAACAAUUAGAGAGCUCUUUGAUUGAGUGACAUAACACCUGAACCAAGUAUUAUCUUAACAGCCAAUAAGAAUGAAGGAAAUAUCUUAAGGAACUGAUAAAAGCUAAACACAACCUUUGUGUACUUCAGGAAAACAUGAGUCACCAAGUUACUUAAUGUUGGUUUUAAUGUUGCAUGGAGUGGUGGAAGAGGGACCAGCAAAAAUUUUUUUCUUGUAAAGCCUUUUUUAAAAAUAAAUGGCACAGUAUUUUGGUUAGACAGGACAGGUUGGUUAUAGAGAGUUACAACACAAUCCCUAGUUCACCAAUCAGAGCAACUUUUUUCAAACCUGACAGCAUAAGUAUAGGUAAUAAAAGGAUUUCGAGUACAAUUUGGUAGAGUAAGUUUUCAAGGACAACAAAAUUGCACAAAUCUUUAUGGCAAAUGCAAUUUGUAGUCUUUGUAAAAUUUACAAUUGCUUAUUACACCAAAUUGCAAGAGAAAUAAUGUCUUUACUUGUUAGCAGUGUACAUGAAAAAACAUUGCAGAAAGUCAAGACAGACAAAAUUUUGAAAGGGUGCAAACGCUAUUUGUAAUUUGCACUUGUGUUACAACAUUGCACUUGUGUUACAUGAGAAAACAAUUGUUUUAGGCCAAUCAGAAGUACGUAAUUUUUUAAUGUUCAUUAUUAAACUUUAAUCCACAGGCUAACUACAUCAAAGCCAAGCCAACAGUAGUCAUGCCAGGAGGUGGAAAGGGAAUAAGGUAUUAGAUUAUGAUCAUUUCAAAGCUAUUCUUGAAAAUUAUGUUAAUUGACAAUUUAAUGUUUUAAAGACUUUGUGCAAAAAUUUCUCAUCAAUUUCAUAAGUUUAUCUACUUAUUUUCACACUCCUAAAAUUACUUUUAAGCUUCAAAGAUGUUGCAGGGAUGGAAGAGGCAAAAUGUGAAGUGAUGGAAUUUGUGGAUUAUCUGAAAUCCCCUGCAAGAUAUUCAGAGCUUGGAGCAAAAAUCCCUAAGGUUUGAACUAAUUGAUAUAUCAUACUAGAAAUAAAAUGUGAUAUCUGUUGUUGGCUUUCCUAUUUGUUGUGCCCAUCAUGUAGCUUUUAUUUUAUAUAUUUCCGAAAUAAAUUGAUUCUCUUUUUACAGACCUAACACAAAAUUUAUUUUUGAGCUGACAAACAGCAAGCUCAUCACAACUGCUCAUCACAACUGCUCAUCACAAUUGGAGGGCUCAGAGCAAGAACGAUCCCUUGAUUUUUCGGCCAUUUUUGAAAGUGUUCAGAAGUAGUUGAAUUUUGGCAUGUGGACACUUUCAAAAAUGGCCGAAAAAUCAAGGGAUCGUUCUUGCUCUGAGCCCUCCAAUUGAUCAAACAAAUGUUUGUUUUUUUUUUUUUUUUUUUUUUUCCAUUUUUGCUUAAACACCUCUGGGAAAGUCAAUGUGGAUCAUUUUUAUUAAUGGCAAAUGAUGCAUAUGACAAUUCUUGUCCUUUUUAACUUUAAUAUGUUGGUGCUUUGAUUGCAAUAAAAAUUGUCUAAAGAUUGCAUUACCAUUUAGCUCCUAAUUUAUAUAAGGUAUCUUAUUUAGUUGUUUUCUUCAACUCAGUCUGCAUUCACUCUCCAAACUUCACCCAUUGUAAAUUCAUUUUUUAUUCAUCUGUUUAAUGUGUUUUAUUUUUCACUUUUUAAGGGAGCUCUCUUGGUUGGUCCUCCUGGUACAGGAAAGACUCUAUUGGCCAAAGCAGUUGCUACAGAGGCAGAUGUUCCCUUCCUUACCAUGGCUGGCUCAGAUUUUGUUGAAGUUUUUGGUGGUGUAGGCUCAGCAAGAGUUAGGGAUUUAUUUGGUCGAGCCAGGAAACUUGCUCCUUGUAUUCUGUACAUUGAUGAAGUUGAUGCAAUUGGAAGAUCCCGCUCAUCAAAGUGAGUUGGCUAGUUUAUUUGGAAGAGGUUGCACAAAAUUCUAGUUUUGUUCAAGAUUUUGUCAUUUCUCUCGUAUACUGUGACUUACAUACAGUAUUUAUUGACAGCUCGGAAAUAUCUGCUGGAAUUAAACUUUUUUGAAAUGGUUCAAAUUUUUUUAAAUUAGCUCGUUUUUUAUUUUUUUGUUUUGCAUUUAAUUUCCCUAUCGUGAUCUUAAACUAAGGAACAAGACAUUUAUAGUUCAAUCAAAAUUUUAAAACAAGGGAAAGAUUUUAACUUAAGCAAAUUGAAUUACAUUGUUUUUUAGUUCUAUGGGAGGACACAGUGAACAGGAAAGCACUUUAAAUCAGCUUCUUGUUGAAAUGGAUGGUGAGCACUAGUUUAUGACAUUAACUAAGAGGGGUUUCAACAAAAAAACGGUUACUGCCGGUCUAUGGCCACCUGUAAGACCUUUUACCGCCGUCUCUUGACUACCUGUGUGUGAGCUCUCGUGUUUGAUUUUCGCCUUGCGGUACAGCCGUGUAUUAUACAUGUACCUUCGGCAGUCGCUUAAGGGAAAAUAUAUUGAAACCCUUGACUACUCUGCACAUUUCAAUCUUUCACUUCAGGAAAAUUUAAAGCUGUGUCAAUAACAAAAAACUAUGAUUUUAACUUGGAUUAUUCAAAUUGCCACUUUCUUCAAUCGUUGUGCAUGUUCGCAAGAAGGUCGAGGUAACGAGGAGUCAUAAAUUUAAAAACGGAGAAACUGAUCAAUAAUUUCCAACUUCUUUACCACCUCGUGCAUUGUGGAUAAAUCUCCAAACCAAAGCUCCGCCAACGUAAAAAAAUUGUGCUCAUCUCUACAGAGAUUUCUUUGAAUCUUGCUGCUUCAGAUAAUUCAUGUUACACCGCAUAAUGGACAGUUCUUGAUCUUGUUGUCUAAUUUUUUUUUUUUUUUGCUGGUAAGGUAUGAACACAAUGGAAGGUGUCGUGAUGCUGGCUUCUACAAACAGACACGACAUUUUAGACCAGGUAAAAAUACUGUGACCAGAAUUGAUCACUUAAGAUAAUCUAGCAAUCUCAGUGUUAAACCAUACACAUACUUGAAAUUGGUCACAGCAAGUUUGAUUGGUAAAUGCGAGUCAGAGAAUUAGGCCUACGAGUGGUGAGCAUGGAAAUAUACAGAGCUACAAAAAAAGGAUAUGCAGUAGGCGACAAGCUUAGGGAAAGCCAUGCCUAAUUGGAAACGGUGUGGGAAACACCUGAAGACGCACGAUAGGUAGUAAACACGGAGUUAAUUAGCUUUAGUUGGCCAGAAUUUCCGUGAUGGAAUUUAUUUAUUAUUUGUUUGUCUUCUUUCUUGUUCUCUCGAGGCCCUCCUGAGGCCUGGACGAUUUGAUCGACUCAUCUCCAUCGACCUUCCAACUCUAAUCGAGCGACAGGCCAUAUUUGAAGUUCACCUCAAGAAACUUUCCCUGAAGACGCCAGUCAAGGCGUUCUCUAAAACUCUGGCGGAACUUACUCCUGGGAACAGUGGUUAGGUUUUGUUUGAAUGAAUUAAAAAGCUCUCUUAAUUAUUUUUAAUAAUUAAUCCCGCAGUAUACCAUGAAGAAAGUUCAGUCUUGGUAGUCCAAUCAGAGACUCGGGUUUACAAAGUUGUCUUAAUCACAGAAAUUUCGUUAAAUAUCACUGAGGGAAAUUACCAUUUUGUUUAUUUUGUUACGCUGUGUUACAAAGGGAAAAUCUAAACAAUAUACUGAUGACCUCACAAACUCACCUAAUGCAUAUGCAAAUCCCGUGGUGGAUUUUCCGGUAGAUACGCCCUCCCUUCCCCCAGGUCUUGUAGAAUUGCGUCAGCCGUGUGCCUGGUGGCUGUUGAAUGGUCAGAACCCAUGCUAGCUAUUAAUCUCUCUUAGUUUCUCUCUCCUGACAGGUGCAGACAUUGCCAACAUUUGCAACGAGGCUGCUCUGCAUGCAGCUCGCAUGAAUGAGAAAACGGUUGAUAAGCGAAACUUUGAAUAUGCUGUGGAAAGAGUCAUUGCUGGUAAAGUAAAGUAAAGUAAAAAUUAUAUCUGCAAGAAUAGAUUGAGUUAUCUUACGAUGACACAGCGGUCAUUUAAAAUCAUCUAUAAUAAGAGAAAUAUAGUGAGAGAUCGAAUCAGUCGUGAACUGAGAAGGGAAAGUAACCCUGGGUUACUCUUGUUUUGUUUCACUACUCUGUUCGAUUGACUCAAAACUCGCACUACCUUACAGCCAAUCAGAUGCAAAACUGAAACCCGCAGCGACGUGCUCACAUGUGUUUCCUGCGCUUUUGUCACUUUGCUUGUUUUUCGCCGUUAGUUGUAACGAGCCCCUUGUGUUUUUAUUUUUUUUUUUUUUUCAUUUGCUCUCAGUGGCCAUUGUGAUUAUUUUGGUCUUGGUUUAAGAGAGUCGAUCGAAAUGCGUACGAAACACCAGGAAAAUAGUAUUAACUCGGAUCAUUGUCAUUUCUGUGCGCAGACACUACCCGAUAAGACCACUUUGAACGAAAACCGAUUGUAAAUAUUGAUCUAAUUGAUCAAAACUUGUUUUUGUCUACGCGGAUGAAUUCAUUUUCCACGCGGCAAUCCUUAACCAUACAUUGCACUGUACUGAAUGAUUAUGUUAUCAGUAAGGCAGACAUAUUCAAUUUCCUCCUCGUAAUCGAUAGUGGUUUACCGUAUCUGCUUCCUAGUUAGACAAUAUUCUUUGUGUAUUUACGUAAGGCAUGGAAAAGAAGACUCAAACUAUGUCUCCUGAAGAACGCCACAUAGUUGCUUUCCACGAAGCUGGACACGCUCUGGUCGGCUGGAUGUUGGAACAUACUGAUCCGUUACUCAAGGUAAGAAAACAGUUUGAUUAGAAAACAAAAAUCAUAAUAAUAACAACAGCCAAUUAGAGGAAAGGAAGAUACUAUAGCAGCAAUACCAAUCAGACUGCCUAAAGCGCGGAAAAACCCGGGCGAUUAAGUAGUGGUUAGUUUUAAUGUUGCAUCUGAUUGGUUCGGAGAGUCACGCGAGUUUUCUGGACUACUCAUAACCAUUAGAGUUUCCGCAAAUGUGAUUGGUGCAUUAGCAGCUUUAUUUUUCACCAAUCAUUCUGCACAGUUGUAAUUGGACAGUGCAAUCGGACAGUUGGCUGUAGUCGGACACCCGUAAUCGAACAGUUAAAGUAACCAAUCAUACGAAGUCCACCCAGCUAAAUCCACCAAUCACAGAAUUGAUCACAAUAACCAUAGCAACAACCACUUAUCCUGAAAAAAAAAAUGGGGAAUUUCCAAAAUGGAGGAAUUUUUUACUUUAGACAUUGUCUCUACCGGAGAUGUUUGUCCUAAAUGUAUUUGUUUUUAUCGGAAAUUGAAACGGUUGCGAUUAAUUGGUAACAGGACUUCAAGCCGUGCAAUUCAGUCUGUAAUCAUACUUGAGAUUGACAAAUCGAACGACCGCAAAAGUCACUGGUAUGAUUACAGACCGAAUUGGACUCCACUCCGUCCUAUUACCAUUAUAAAUCCCAGAGAGAAGUAAAGCAAACCCAAUGCAAUCCCAGAUUACUUUGGACACUCAAUUGAAAAUUGCUCUUUAGCGCUUUGGGUUGUAAGAUUGUGUGGUGAAUAUACUAUCUAGAUCAUUGCCGGAAGUAAGUUCAAUGGGACGAUUCAACCCAAGUCUAGAACCAGGCACCCAAGUAACUACCCAUCUAACUUGGCUUAUAUGACCUUAUAUUGUCAGAUCAGACAAUUCUUAACAACAAAAACAAUUUUACUAAGAGAAACAAGUUCUCUGAGGUCAAGUUUUUGUUUUAGGAGUAGGAACUGACGUAAAAGAAAACCUUCAACAGAGAUCGAAAUUUAGAUUCGGUCUCUCUACGAUCAUUUUCAACGGAGCGCUUAUUAUUCAUUGUUAUAUGUUGUUCUCUGUCUUGUUAGAGGCAAACCCACCAAUUUAAUAUUUUUCUUUCAAGCUUUCCAUUGUUCCACGGACCAACGCUACCCUGGGUUAUGCGCAGUAUCUUCCCUCGGACAACAAACUUUACAGCACUGAACAGGUUAGACAAAUGACUUUUCUUAAGAACAUCUUUAUUUAACCUUUCUUUUUUUUGAAAGAAAAGUACGAGAUUGUUUUCCUUCCUUUUUUUCCUAUGUUUUAAAAUGGCACCCCUUUUUGUUUCCUUUUAGUUGUUUGAUCGAAUGUGCAUGGCCCUGGGAGGAAGAGCUGCGGAAGCCAAGAUAUUCCAGCGAGUUACUACAGGUAUGUGAACUCGCACCAGUUUCUUAUCAAACACGCUACCAAAUCUGUAUCGGUGGUGCCUGGACCGAAUAUGUGGCAUAGCUUACUAGCUAGUUUCUUCUGUGAUGUUAGAGUAUCUAACCUUAUGAUCGGACGGUCCAAGAUUCGAAUUCCCGCGAAAGUCGAAUAUCUCUCGCGCGUGAAAAAUAUGUAACGUCCUUCUGAGGUCCAAGGUGAAUUACCCACUUACUUUCCCGCGGUUUGGUGCUUGUCUUUGUACAUCUUGUUCUGAGGGUUUUUCCUUUAUGAUCAUCGGGUUGAAAAGAAAAUCCCUUUUUCUCGUUUAAACCUCACUUUAAGCCUUUUGUGGUCGUUUUUUUUCCUCAAGGAGCCGAAGAUGAUCUUCGCAAAGUAACUGACAUGGCGUAUAAACAGGUAAACUCUUCAUUUUGUGGAGUUUUGUUGUAGGAACGGGGGAGGGGGAGGGUGGGGACUUGAAACUACUCCUCGUCUUGGGUUACUCUAUGUAUUUACAGCGCGGAACUCAGGGUAAACUUUGGUAACUGUCAGCCUGAAGUGGGCGUUGCAUCAGCUGACUGUAUUUACGAUUCUUUUUGCAGGUUGUGACGUUUGGAAUGAACCCUCGGGUUGGGAAUAUUUCAUUUCCCGUUAGAAAACCCAGCGAGCCGACCAAGAAGUUCUACAGUGAUAAACUUGCUAAGCUCAUGGAUGAGGUACGAUGUAGACUAGUUGCUUUUUUAAACCAACCCUGGAAAGAAAAGGAGCAGCCAUAGUAGGAAUAAGAAAAUACAUUGCGCGCCUUUCUACGUUGAUAAAUGCAUCUGUAAGGCACCAGUAAUUAUUUAUCAUGGGGGGGGGGGGGAGGUCGAGGGAUUCGGGGGGGUCACAUGGUCUUCAGGGGAAACGAAGGGGGAUCAUUAGGAUACUACAGAGCCUAAGGGGGAGAUCAGGUAAAUUUUACUACGACACGACCAAAAUCCUUCAACCCUUCCCCCCCCCUCCCCUCCCACGUGAUAAGCAAUGUCUGACUGUCAUUUCUCAGAAAGCCGACGUGUCUUUGGACUAUAUACUCUCAUGUUAUGACUAUUAUUUUAUCCCUUAUAUGAAGAUCAAAUUUCUGUUUCGGUUGACGUUCUUGGGAAAGAUUUGUUAAAACCAGAGAUCAGCUCAGGCGUGAACACGUCAUUGGUGACAGGCAAACCGUUGCAAAGCGCGGGUCUGGUACCUGAUAUGUUGUGUGGUUAGCUCCACACUGUUUGGUUUCUAGAGAUCACAGGAACACGUGCCUGCACUGUUACUGGUGUGACCUGAACUCAUUUAAGGGCUGAAGAAUGUUCGGAAAAUCUAAAUUUUUGUUUAUAAUUUAGGAGGUACGCAUAUUAAUCAGAAAGGCAUUUCUGACUACAAAUACAAUCAUUGAAGAAAACUUGGACAAACUAAAUGCGGUAAGAUUAUUUAUGUGCUAUGUUUAUUUACAUUUGUUCUAAAUUCUCCGAAAUUUUUAUAGCAGAAUUGUCAUCGAAAUUGUCUGUGUUGUAUAUGCGUUGAUGAGCCAGCUUUCAGCUUCCAUUUUGUGGAAACUUGAGCACGAUUGCAAUUUGCUUCUGUUGACUCGGUUCAUGACAACUCCAUCUAAAAUUAAGUAAAAUGCAAUCAACUUAACCAAUACAAGGGAUACAGUAGAGGAAAAGGUAUCUCCUUUUGGUCGUAUAUAUCUUUUUUUUUUCUCCUCUUUUCUUUCCAGCUUGCUCAUGAACUUCUGACCAAAGAAGUCCUCAGUUACGAUGAUGUGGCGGCAGUGCUGGGACCGUGUCCUUACGGUGAUAAAAGGGUCCGUUUUAACUCACAAGAUGGCGAAUCGAAGUCCCAGUCUCUCUUCACGACUUAAUUACGAGUUCCUAUACCACAGUCUCCAAACCUUCCGUCUUACUAGAGUUUGUUUCAGUCAAAAUAAAGUACACAGCAAUAAAACUCAAGCUGUUGAAGACAACGGACCAUUGAAUAUCAUGGGUAGAAUUCGGCUGUGGACUAGAUUGAUUGUCUUCACAUGUAUAGCUGUUGUAUAAAUAUUUGUAAAUAAAACAAGAGACCAAUUUAAGUAUAUGCAAUAAUGUUUCUAGCUUCAGUUUCUGUGGUAGGCUUUUGAAAGCCUUUCCCCUCACUGGUUAAGAGCCAGAGUCACAAUUCGUUCGGGUUCAGUCCUUUAGGCCAAAUGGCCCCAACCAGUAGGGCUUAUCCAUGUAAACUGAGCCUGCACUCUCCCUGGACGGUAGGAGUCCAACCCAAUCCCUUCAGACCCUUGAUACUCUUGGAGGCUCUGCCACCGAGCUACAUAAGACAGUGGCAGGAUAGGCCGUUUCAGGG